AUGUUGGGCUUGUGCAUUGAUGAGUUUUUUGUUUCCUAUAUUUUUCAGCUAGACCAUAAUAUUUCGGACGAAUUUCAUGGGAACGAUGAUGGUAUAGUCCCAGACUCAGCGUAUGAAGAUGGAGGUCAGUUUCCAGUUCUAGUUAGUAGGAGGAAUAAGCAAAGACAUGAAGAUAUGGGUAGCGGGACAAUGCACUUAAAGAGUAACAAUUUUAUCAAGAGGGAGGGAGAUAUGUUUGGAAGAAACCUCUGGCAUGAGAAAGAUACUGGUGGCUCUCCGGUUUCUCGUGAUGCGGGAUCAGGCAAAGAUGUUCAGGAUAUGAUAUUGGAGGAUACAAAGAUCUCAGACCAUGGUUUCAACGGUGGCCACGUCGAUGCGGGUGAGAGUUUCUGCUCUGCGGAUCCCAUGUUGUGUGACAGUUCCGCUGCAGCGAAUGAUGGCGAAUAUAAUUAUUCCCUCGACAACAUUCCGAAUGCUGAAAACAAUCUCAGUUUUAUGAAUAAUGGAGAUAAAGAAAGCAAUGAUCUCUUCUAUGGUUGGGGUGACAUGGAAAAUUUCGAGGAUGUGAACAAUAUGCUUAGGAGCUGUGAUUCAACUUUCGGCUUGGAAAGUCUUAAUAAUGAUGAUGACUUGUGCUGGUUCUCUUCUGCUCAGCCAAAUGAGAAUACAGAAGCCGGGAUGACAGAUGGUGUAAAGCCAGAUACAAUGUUGGAAAGUCAAAGAACACCUAUGUUGCAGGUUGAAGACUUUCUGAACAACAGUGAGUCCAGUCAUGCUGUUGAAGAUGGAUAUGGGUAUACCUUUGUCGGCGGUUCAGCUCAAGGAAACUCUUCAGAAAAUGUAUCUGAUACAAGUUUGCAGAAGAAGGAUGUAUUGAUGCUGGAUGAAGAGGCUAAUCUAGGAAAGAAGCAAACUGGUCAUCUUCAUCACCUGGAUGGGAAAAGUGAUGGGUACUCGGAGAACAGUUUUACUUUACAACAUGGAAUGGAUACAAACCAGUAUUACUCUCCUUCUGCAUUCCAACAGCCAGGUGUUCCAUACUCACAUUUCAACUGUGAGCAGCAGCUUUCAGAUCCAGUAUCAGCUUGUGAAAGUAAAUCUGGUAUCAAAUCUGAGAACAAUCCCAAUCCUUCCUCUGUUUCAAAUGAGUCAUACACAUCAAAUCAAGCACAGUCUGUCGAGAGCUUACAAGGUCCAACUGUUGAUGAUCGGUGUAGGAAGGGCUUUGAAAAGAGAGUUCACUUGAAGCAUGGGCAAGAUAUGCCUCCUUCUUUUGCUGCAAGUAGCAGGAAGAGCAGUAAGAAAAACCCAGUGGUGUUUCCUGAUGCUGCUCCUAUCCAAAAGAGUGACCACACAAAAGCUGCUGCUGAAUUGGAAACAUCAAACAGGCAGGAAAGUUCUUGUGUUAGCUCUGUUGUGGAUGACAUUUCACUGGAAGCAACAAGUCUUCGCCAGCUUCAGCAGGUUGUAGAUCAGCUGGAUGUUAGGACAAAGCUUUGCAUAAGAGACAGCUUGUACCGAUUGGCAAAAAGUGCGGAGCAGAGACAUAAUUGUAUGAAUCCAAAUGGUGGAAACAGACAGGAGAAAGGUGCAGGCUCGCAUCUCGAGACUGGUGAAACUGACAAGUACGUUGAAUUCAUGGAUAUAGAAACUGAUACAAACCCGAUAGACCGAUCCAUAGCUCAUCUGCUGUUUCACCGGCCCUCAGACUCAUCUCGUUCACCAGAUAAAGAUGUUCUCACCUAUAAAUCUCAUCCAAUGUUUCCUCAGCCCAAUAGUAGUCCGAGCUUGAGGAUAGAGAAACAAGAGGAAACUCCAGAACUUAGAACCGAAACAGAAGUCGUAGCAAGUGACAAGAAAGGAUGA